AUGUUAGGCGCCAAAGGUCGCGACUGUGUCAUCGAGAUGCCGUUUCGCUGCGACUGUGGAUCAAACACGCGACUGGGGGACAAUGUGUAUAUGAACUCCAACUGUAUCCUUCUCGAUGAAGGUGAGAUCACAAUUGGCAGCCGGGUUAUGCUUGCUCCUAACGUGCAGCUUUACACGGCUACACACCCGUUGGAACCGAAGAUACGAGCUACUGGGUACGAGCGGACCAAGCCAAUCACAAUUGGAGAUGAUGUUUGGAUCGGAGGCAGCGUGGUGGUUGUGCCUGGAGUAACGAUCGGCCGUGGGGCUGUGAUUGGAGCUGGCAGUGUCGUGACCAAGAACGUGCCUCCUAUGUGCGUGUAUGCUGGCAACCCGGCGAAGUUCAUCAAGAAGAUCGAGAUGGAGUAG